AUGCUCUCAGGUUCUAACUUUGCUUUGGAUUUGUUUCCCCUGACAGCAGGGAGCCAGUCAUCCGGAGCUGCGGCCGCUAUGAAGCUUCGACUCCACUUCGUGGUGGAUCCCAUGGGCUGGCUGUGCAUCAGCAUGGUCUUUGGGAUCUGGCUCUAUAACACUGUAUUCAUCCCCAAGCUUGUUCUGCUUCCACACUACGACGAGGGACACAUCUCCUGGGCCUUAGUUGUUUGUUAUUACAUAGCAUCGGCUCUCUGUGUAGCAGCCCUGUUCAGGGCUUCCACCGCAGACCCAGGCCGUCUUCCCCUGGAUCCCCACAUACCUCACUCAGAGAGGGAGCACUGGGAGUUGUGCAAUAAGUGCAACUUAAUGAGGCCUAAAAGGUCACACCACUGCAGCCGCUGCGGCCACUGCGUGCGCAGGAUGGACCACCACUGUCCCUGGAUUAACAACUGUGUGGGAGAAGACAACCACUGGCUCUUCCUGCAGCUGUGCUUCUACACUCAGGUCCUCAGCUUAUUCACUCUGGUGUUGGACUUCUGUCAGUACUAUUACUUUCAGCCAUUGACGAGACUCGAUCAGGAGAAGUUUACGACACGUCAUGAACUGGCUCUGCUACGAAUCUCAGCGCUUAUGGGUGUGGUCAUGUUUGGUGGCAUGUCCAGCCUGUUCUACACUCAGAUGACAGGCAUCCUCUCUGACAUGACUACUAUUGAGAAAAUGGCUCAGUUCUCGAGUGAAAUAUACGGCGUGAAAAGGUCCUGGCAGUGGGCCCUGGCUGAAGUGUGCGGCACUCGCUGGAAACUUCUGUGGUUCAUUCCGCUUCGGAGCAGGAAAGCUCUGCAGAGCAGCCCCCACCUCCGCAGCCACGUGUAGGCUGGCAGCAGCACACCGGCUC